AUGGCGAAGAAUAAAAACAAAAAGAAGCAAAAUGGCAAGGACACAGUGAAUGAUAUGGACAAGAAGAUAGACAGGUCGCAACAGACCGAAAAUCAGCCUGAAGAAUUACAAGAUGGCCCUGUUCCUGAGGACAAGAAACGCGACGAUGCGCAAAAGCCGAGUGAGCAGGCAGAUGAAGAGCAGACGUCGCAAACAGACGACCCUGUCUCCAGCACAGAUCAAACAGAAAUUAUAGAGGAACUCAAGCGACAAUUGGAAGCCAAAGACAAAGAAAUUUCACGACUGCAAUCGAAUAGCCUCAAGGAACAGCUUGAACAAAAAACAGAGGAAUGCGAGAAAUACCAAUCUAACUACCAGGCACUGCUGAGCAGAUUGUCUUCGAUGAAGUCAGUGUUUCAGAAAAUGAAGGAAUCAGAGAUUGAGCUGGAGAACACCCAAAACGAGCUUAAAACAUGUAAGGAGACAAUUGAAAGUCUGGAGAGUCAAGCUGAGGAGAAGCAGAGAAUUAUUGACUCGUUGAGUUUAUCAGUGGCGUCUUUGAAAGAUGAGGCCGCAAAUUUGAACGCAGAAUGCGAUAAGUUGAGCAAAGACUACACAAUGCUCAAGAAAAGUGCUGAGCUGAAAGACGAUGAGCAAACGCUGGAAAUUAAGCGACUGGAAACGUCCAACAAAAAAUACGCCGUGGAGCUCCAGGAGCUUAGGUCCGAAAUCGAGGAGUAUCUGAUAAUCGUGAACGAAGAAAAGAUUUCGAAGCAAAAUCUUUUGCAUGAGAUGAACGAAACAAAAGCUAAAAAUGAGAGUUUAAAUACAGAGAAUCGCGCCUUGCAAGAGGAACGCAAAUUACUUCAAGACCAAAUCACCGAUUUGGAGUCCAGGAUCGCCAACCUCACGCAGACAUAUGAGGGAGAAAAGCACGACUUACAACAUCAAAUAGAGGUCAAUAUCACGAAAGCAUCCGCCACGGAGCAGCAGUUGCAAGAAGCGCAGUCGAAGCUGGGUGACGCUGAGCAAAAACUGACGCGAAUCACCGAUCUUGAAAACGAGGUGAAGCAGAAGCAGCUCACAAUCGGCAAGCUAAGACACGAGACUAUUGUAUUGAACGAGCAUCUAAUGAAAGCGAUGAAACUGGUCAAGAAGGAAUCCACCACCGAAACGGUGGAUCGAGAGCUGAUCUCCAAUCUUUUAAUUUCGUUUCUCCAAAUACCCAGGGCGGACGCCAAGAAGUUUGAGGUGCUGCAACUGAUCUCCAACUUUUUGAAUUGGGAUGAUGAAAAGAAAAGGCAUGCGGGAUUACUGUCGUCGCAUUCGAAAACCAACUCGAACAGCGUUUUGAACGUUCCUAGCACUCCUCUUGCCGAGAAUUCUGCACCGCGCUCUGGCCAGUCGUUUGUGUCGCUGUGGACAGAAUUUCUCGAGAAGGAAUCUACACCUUCUAAAUAA